ACCUUCAAAACCCUGAGCAGUGAGACCGCCGCCCGCUUUUCUCCCUCGCCUCUCGUCCCCUCUCGAUAUUCCCCUCUACUUGAACCCCACUUCCCUUGAAUAUUUCGAUCUCUCUUCGAUCGACUGAUAGACCGAGGCCUUGGGCUUCCUCCUCUUCGUCCAUGAACGCCAAACCUAGAAGGAAGCGAACGAUUUUUAGUAGGUCCCGAGGGUUUUGACUCUCUUGGCUCCACUUCUCUUCUACGAACCUGAAUCGCUGUUCUUUCAUCUCCGUUAUUGAUGGAGAAACUCCAUCUCUAUAGGAACAGUUCGGUGGAGUGGAAGCCCUCUGCUGUGGUGGCCCUCGCCACCAGCGCCGACGGCUCGCAGGUUGCGGCCGCGCGGGAGGACGGCUCUCUCGAGAUCUGGCUCGUUUCCCCUGGCUCCGUUGGAUGGCAUUGCCAGCUCACAAUCCAAGGUGACCCUAUCUCUAGAGUGUCUUCACUGGUCUGGUGCCGCCCCAGUUCGAAGAGUGGAGGCCCAGGCCGUUUGUUGUCCUCGAGUAUAGAUGGGUCAAUCUCAGAAUGGGAUCUCUUUGGUUUACAACAAAAGAUUGUACUGGAUUCUGUUGGAGUAUCUAUCUGGCAGAUGGCCAUUGAACCUUCAGAUAGUAUAGUGCAUUUAGGAAAAAAUGACUCAGGGCUUAUAGCCAAUGGUUAUGAAUCUCAUGGUGCUCACAGUGAUUCUGAAUCUGGUCAAAGUGAUGACGACGACGAUGACUCAGAUGAACCUCAUUCUGCAGCUAUUGCAAGCAACUAUCAACGCUUAGCUGUUGCCUGUGAUGAUGGUUGCAUUCGCUUGUAUAAUGCCUUUGAUACAGAUGGACUGACAUAUAUCAGAUCAUUUCCUAGGGUUAGCGGGCGCAUUUUGAGUGUUACAUGGAGCCAUGAUGCAAAGUUAAUAUUUUCUGGGACUAAUGAUGGUUUAAUAAGAUGCUGGGAUGCUAUAUCUUUUCAUGAGGCAUAUCGCAUCACGGUUGGGCUUGGUGGCUUGGGCAGUGGACCUGAACUUUGUGUUUGGUCAUUAUUGUUUCUAAGGUGUGGGGUCCUUGUUAGCGGAGAUAGUACUGGGAGUGUUCAGUUUUGGGAUAGUUGUCAUGGAACUCUUUUGCAAGCUCACACUUUUCAUAAGGGUGAUGUGAAUUCUCUAGCAACCGUUCCUAGUCACAACAGAGUGUUUUCUGCUGGUUCAGAUGGACAGGUUAUUCUUUAUAAACGCUCCAAUGAAACACUUGGUGUUGGGAAUGACGAGCUUCCUAAGGAACAAAUAAUGAAAUGGGUGUAUGUUGGGUAUAUAAGAGCUCACACUCAUGAUGUCAGGGCCUUGACAAUGGCAGUGCCUAUUUGCAGAGAAGAUGCAUUACCUGUUGAAAAGGUUCCUAGGGUCCGCUGUCAAGAGAAGCCUAUUGAUUUCAGUUAUCACAAAUGGGCACAUUUAGGUGUCCCCAUGCUUAUUUCUGCAGGUGAUGACACCAAGCUCUUUGCUUACUCUGCCAAAGAGUUCACCCAAUUCUCACCCCAUGAUAUCUGCCCUGCACCUCAGCGGCCAUCAGUGAAGUUGGUACAUGAUACUGUUCUAGAUGGUGCUUCAGUGUUACUUGUCCAGUCCUCUGUGUGGUUAGAUGUUUUUCUUGUCAAAUUAGAUGGUACUGUGGCUCCGAGUGUGUCUUCUGGAAGAAAUACAAUAACACAACUUUUGGCUCGUCUUAAAAGCAAGGGAUCCCGAAAAAUCAUAUGUAGCACCAUAUCCAGCACCGGAAUGCUUUUGGCGUACUCUGAUCAUGUGAAACCCUGCCUCUUUGAAUUAAGGAGGCAUAAAGGUGGAAAAAGCAGGUGGUCUAUUGACAAAUUGCAGCUACCUAAGGGAUUGCCAUAUGCACACUGUAUGGUUUUUAGUGUUGAUGCCUCUCGCCUGAUGAUAGCUGGCCAUGAUAGAAAAAUAUUUGUAGUGGAUGUGAAAAAAUCCGAGCUGGUGCACACCUUUGUCCCUCAGCGAAAGGUGGAAGAUAUGAAUUUUCCACCUAGUGAACCUCCCAUAACAAGAAUGUUUACAAGUUCGGAUGGGCAGUGGUUGGCUGCAAUCAAUUGUUUCGGGGACAUUUAUAUAUUUAAUCUAGAGAUAUAUAGGCAACACUGGUUCAUAUCCAGGUUGAAUGAUGCUUCUGUUACUGCUGGUGGUUUUCCUCCUAGGAGCAGCAAUGUUUUUGUCAUCACAACAUCUUCAAACCAGGUAUAUGUGUUUGACGUGGAAGCAAAACAGUUAGGUGAAUGGUCAAGGCGCCACAGUUAUCAUCUACCUAGAAGAUUUCAAGAAUUUCCAGGGGAAGUGAUUGGGCUCUCCUUUCCGCCUUCCUCGUCGUCAACUUCAGUUGUUGUAUAUAGUGCAAGGGCAAUGUGCUUAAUUGACUUUGGGAUGCCAAUCAAUCGGGAAGAUGGUGAAUAUCCAAACGGUUCAGAUCUAUUGAAGUACGAUUCUAGCAAAAAUGCAAGAGCAAAGCGGAAACGAAAGAAUUUUGAUCAAGAAUCCAGCCCAAAUAAGAAUAAGAAUUUUGAUUUUUGUGCAUUUGGAGACCCUGUUUUGUUCGUUGGUCACCUGUCGGAAAAUAACCUUUUGAUACUAGAGAAGCGGUGGAUGGAGGUUGCCCAGAACUUUGAUGCCCCCGUCCAUAGACAUAUUUUUGGAACCUAAACUGGAUAAUUCUACCAUUUUACACAGCAACUGAGUCCUGCUGGAUCCAAGGUUCCCAUUUUUAUUCAUUCAGCUCAGCGGCUACGGCAUCAAAUAGUAUGUUCUGUAAAAAAUUUACUAACAUUUAUGGGCAGUUGGCCAUUGAGAUUUUGUAUUGUGGGAGAAAGGUGAUACCUUAUUGUUUUUGUAAAAUGAGCGAACCAUCGAUUUCUGCAUCUGUUCUUGAUCUUUUUGUUGUUGUCCCACUUCAAGUUAGAUUUAAACUCCAUGUUCCAUGGCAUAAGAAAGGGCAUCCUUAUUCUCUGCUGGGUGUAGCCAAA